AUUAUAUAAAAUGUCAGCUACUUUAAGAAAUAUUAUUGCCCCAACACCAGCUACUACUCGUGGUAAAUCGGUUGUUGUUAAUGGUGACCCAAAGGGUAUUAAUGUCCUCUAUGCCUCAGGUAAUGGUAUUGUUAUUAGAAAUAUGAAAGAUCCAUUAGUUGCCGAUAUUUAUUACGAACAUCCAGCUCAAACUACUGUUGCCAAAUAUGCACCAUCAGGUUUUUAUAUUGCUAGUGGUGAUGUUCAAGGUAAUCUUCGUAUCUGGGAUACUACUCAAAAAGAACAUUUACCAAAAAUUGUUAUUAAAGCUAUCAGUGGUCCAAUUAAUGAUAUUGCUUGGACUUCAGAUUCACAACGUUUAGUUGUUGUUGGUGAUGGUAAAGAGAAAUUUGGUGUUGCUCUUCUUUGGGAUUCAGGUUCAACAUGUGGUGAAAUUACUGGCUCAAGCAAACAAAUUCUUUCAUGUGAUGUUAAAUCAACAAGACCAAUUAGAGCUGUUACUGGUAGUGAAGAUUUCUCAGUUAAUUGGUUCGAAGCUGUUCCAUUCAAAUUCAAAAAAGAAAUGUCAAAUAAAGAAUUUACCCGUUUCGUUAACUGUGUUAGAUUCUCACCAAAUGGCGAAAAGGUUGUUUGUGUCAGUUCAGAUAAAAAAGGUAUUGUUUAUGAUGGUAAAGAUGGCAACAAACUUAUCGAACUCGAAUCUAGCCACACUGGUGGUAUCUACAGUUGUAGUUGGUCAGAAGAUAACAAUCGUAUUUUAACUGCCUCUGCUGAUAAGACCUGCAAAAUUUGGGAUUCAACUACUGGUAAAUGUGAAAAAACCUUUACUUUUGGAAGUGAUACAAAUGAUCAACAAUUAGGUUGUUUAUGGCAAGGUGAUUCAUUAAUUUCAGUUAACUUAAAUGGUGAUAUGACUUAUUUAGAUAUCAACAAUCCAUCACAACCAUUAAAAGUUGUUAAAGGUCACAACAAAUUAGUAAGUGCCAUUUCUUAUGAUAAGACCACUAAAACUCUUUUCUCUGCUGCCUGUGAUUCUACUUUUGCUCUCUUACAAUGGGAUCUUACUACUGGUGUUGCCACUAACUUUUCUGGUCCAGCCCACAAAAAUCAAAUUACCCACAUCAAAGUCAAUGGUGAUCAACUUAUUACUUGUGCUAUGGAUGACAGUGUUAAAAUCUCAAGUAUCUCAAAGAAAACUUUUGGUGAAAGUAUUGCUAUCGACAGUCCAGCUCAAGGUGUAGCUUUCAGUGGUGAGACUGUUGUUGCUGUUUCAAUGAAAUCAAUUUAUGUCAUCAAAGGUGGUAAAGUCGUUUCAACUACUCCAGCUCCAUACGAAUCAUCAGCUGUUGCUAUUAAUGGUAACGAAGUUGCUGUUGGUGGUAAAGAUAACAAGAUUCACAUUUACAACCUCAAUGGUAACAAUCUUACUGCUGCCCACACUUUAGAUAACCAUCGUGGUGCCAUCACUGACCUUUCAUAUUCACCAAAUGGUAAAUUAGCUUCAUCUUGCUCAAAUCGUCAAGUUAUUGUUUGGGAUGGUAAGAGCCCAUUAACCACCGGUUGGGUUAACCACAGUGCUAAAGUCAAUGCUUUAUCAUGGACCUCAGAUUCUAAAUAUGUUGCCUCAGGUGCUCUCGAUUCACAAAUUUACAUUUGGAAUGUUGAAAAACCAAAUAGCUCACCAAUUCAAAUUAAAAACUCACACUUAGGUGGUGUUAACGAUGUUGUAUUUGUUGAAGACAACCUUAUUGCUUCAGCUGGUAAUGAUGGUGCCAUUAAAUUCUUUAAUAUUACUUAUUAAAAAUAAUUUUUAAAAAAAAAAAAAUUAAUCAUCAUCAAACAAUACUAUUUAAAUAAUAUAUAAAUAAAAAAUUGUAUAAUUAAUAAAAAAAUUUAUUAUUAUUAUUUAUUAUAAUAAUAAAUAUAACCAAAC